GACGCCAACAGCGAUCGGACGUCACUACCUCUCGCUCAGAUAUCUAGAACUUAUCGCAUCCAUGGGUUGGUUUUGGGGUAACUCGAAUCAGGAAGACCCGGUCAAGAGGCUCGACCCCGGUCUCCGAGAAUACCUCGAACAUGAAGCUCCAAAGAAAUAUGUCCCUACAGCCGCACAGGAUCCUCCCAAAACAGUAAACCAACAGGCUCAAUCGUCGCAACAAUCAGCUGCAAGCGAAGCUGCUGAUUCCUCGAAACCGUCCGUUCCCUCCGCCUCUCUUUUCCCCGACGGCCGCUAUGCCCAUCUCUGGAAGACCUACAAGCCACCUAAUGACGAAGGCACCGAGGCGAAGGGUGCUUCCCGGGUGAUCGAGAAAUUCAAGUCGCGCAACGAUACCGUACACCGUGCAGCAAUGGAAAAUUGCGCAUUGGAACAUGAGGAUCUGACACUGUGCUUCCAAAACGGUAACUUGCGGAAACGAAUUAUGUCUCGUAUGACUCUGUGUUCUGAAGAAAAUGGGAAGUUCUCUCGGUGCUUUACUACGCAAGCUAAAUUUCUCCAGGCCCUGGGCUACGCAUCCUCAUUCGAUUCGGAUGACGAGAGAGAGGAACGGAUUCAGAUGCAUGCGGACAAACUCUACCACGAGAUGCUGGAUUAUGAGAAGCAAGUUGAAGAGGCCCGAGCGGCUGGCCAGGAACCACCGCCUCUUACAUCCCUCUUCAACCCUAAGGCUCGAUCCCAACAGCAGAAAGCUGAGAGUACCACGGGCUCCCUGGAAAUCCCUGGUGGCGAAGCUAUUCCGUCCGGGUUCAAGCCAUCCAAACCACUGGAACAGCUCACCCCACAUGAACGCGAGCUGGAGAUCCGAGCCCACUAUGCACAAUUAGAGCAACAGAAGAUAUACGCGCAAGAAGCAUCUCCAUUUUUGAAGACGCAUGAUGACGCGCGGCAGAAACGACGAGAGAAAGCCGUGAGCUGGUUUGGAGAGACGGUGGGCAAAUGGGUCACAUAAAUUAAAUUUACAAAAAAAAUCGACACUUGACGGGUUUCAUGAGUGUUCUGAAAGGGGUUCGCUCUUUUGUAUUAUUACUACUUUUUUGUUGUUAUUGUUUCUCGUUAUUACCCAAUACCUACAUGGUUUAGAAGAUGAAGGCGCAUUCUUGAGAGCAUUUGAGAUUGAUAUAUAUGAUAUGACAUAUAUGAUAGCCAAGGAUGGCACAUAAGAGAAAGAAAGAAAUGAAUGUUAU